AUGACGAUUACGAACCAUCAACCUCCAGCAGAGUCGCUAUCCAAGCAGUCAUCAAAAGAGAUCCCCAUCAUCCACCAAGGGCAGAACCUGGGGGUAUACUCCGACCCAUCACUCCCCAAGACAGAUCUGGCUCAAGUUUUCCCCGGAUCAACGCCAAUGGCCGGGCCGAAGCUCACGACGUCGGACGAUCUCCUGAUCUGCUGUGCGUGCGGCGCGCAGUACGAGGUGGACGAGACGACGGGCAAGGACGAGUGCCGGAUCUGCGAAGACCCCCGCCAAUUCGUCCCGCCGACGGGCCAGGCGUUCACGACGCUGCGCAAGCUGCACGAGGGCCCGUACCGGAACGUCUUCGAGCCGUGCGCGCACAACGACACCGUGGUCGAGAUCCACACCGAGCCAAAGUUCGGAAUCGGGCAGGGCGCGCGCUUGAUCCGCACGCCGAACGGGAAUGUCCUCUGGGACUUGAUCGCGUAUCUGGACCAGGAUACCGUGGACAAGGUAUGUCUGUACUCUCGCACUCAUAUAUCUAUAUCCAUGGGCCCGUCGCCCUCGAAAAUCGCCAGCGACAUACUUCCGUUUUCCCUGACUCUGUGUUUCCUUUUCAAUUCAAUUUUAUUUUGGUCAGAAGAGAAAAGAAGAAGAAAAAGGAGGGCGAUUUUUUUUGGACACGCUGCUUGGUUUAUAUGGAUGGAGUUUGAUGGUGUUGGGGUCCAGAUCACCGAGUUGGGCGGGUUGAAGUUCAUCAUCAUUUCACACCCGCACUUCUACACGACCUGGGCGGACUGGUCAUCGACAUUUGACUGCCCCGUGUACAUGACCGAAGUCGACUCGGUCUGGGCCAACAGAAAAGACACACCCUCUGCAACUCUCAAGCUGCUGAAAGAGCCCAGCACCGAGCUCCUCCCGGGCCUCACGUCGGUCAUCUGCGGGGGCCACUUCCCCGGCAGCCAGGUCCUGCACUCCCUGCCACCCAACACUCCUGUGCCGACGCUGUUCGUGGCCGACACCAUCUUCGCCGUGCAGUCGAGCCACAAUCCAGACCCGGGCAAGCGCAGCGACACCAUCUCGUACCAGUUUCUGUGGAGCAUCCCCAAUUUCAUCCCCUUGCCGCCGGAAGAGGUGCUCAAGAUCUGGAGGUGCCUCAAACCGUUGGAGUUUAAGGCGACCUAUGGCGUUAUGGCCAAGAUCACCAAUGUUUUUGAGAGACCCGGCCAGAGUCUGAGUCUAAAAGCAAGGCUGCUUCAGAGCGCAAAAAUCGCGGUUAAAGCAAUGGGAUAUGCUGACCAUGCCAUUUUUGCCGAGGAAUUGUGAGACACAGCACAUCAUCCUGGGCAGGGUGGUCAAUAGGCUUGUCACCCUUAUGAACCACCUUUAACUUUGUAAUUUCUCGUGGUUGGCAUUUUCUCAAACCAAGAGCAGCGCAUUCAAACAUCCGUCGCGACUCGGAUCGUUGGUGACCUGCGCGUACUUUCCCCACA